AUGGAGUAUACUUCACAGAUUCUCCUUUCCAUCUUGCUGAUUAUAGUUAAUAUACAUUGCAGUCUGUCUUUAAGCUGCUAUGAAUGCAAUCCUUGUCCAGUUCCAUUCAGGAAUUCUUCAGUGAAAAUAGGACAUAAUUGCAAAUGGUGUGCAAAGCUUUCGGUAAAACAUUACCCAACUCCAAUCAGAGAAUGUGCACCUGAGUGCAGCUUUGCGUUUUGGGGUCCAACACACAGAUCAUUGUCUUAUGAUUGUUGUCAAACUGACUAUUGUAAUAAGAGUGUACAGACACGUAUAGUUCAUCAUCUGUUGACUGUGAUAGUCAUAACACUCACUUGUUUCUUCAGAGUUAAGAUGCAGUGAAACUGAACAAACAUUAUAUUCUACACAAAUCGAUUAUUUUUAUCUUGCUUUCUGUGUUUUAUAGAUUCAGCCG